UGGCCACAACACAGACUGCUGCCAACAAAAACAGGCGACCAGGAGCGGCCAGAACCAGGAUAUGUACUAUAUAAUUCAUACCAUAUCGGAUUUUGCAACACACAGAGAGUCUUCACUGUCCAAAUGGAACUGGAACUGGUUGCAACCCCCAAAAACGAGUGCAAUCUCCGGACUGGAAGCGAGCUGCAGACUGGAAAGGGCCAAGCGGGAUACACAUUAAUGCGGAGGAGUAGCUGCCGUCCAGGUCCUGCAGGUCCUGGGCCGAGAAUAGUGUUCCAGCAGGCGCCAAAGGCUGCGCUCGCUUCGCGGCUGUUAUUUCUGGUCCAAUUGGUUGUGGGCUAAAAGCCAGUUGCCAAAAGAACCAGGAAAAACUGCAGCAACAACCACUCGAAUCAUACAAAAAACAAAGGUGAAAUUUUUUUGAAAAAGAAAUCUUCGAUUGACAACGAUAGCAGCAACAAAAACAACAACAGUACCUAAAUCAAACUAGAUCAAUUUAGAAUGGCUGAGUAUAAGCCAUCAACUUCGUGGCCCCACCGGAUGAUGAGCUUCCAAUGUCGUCAGGCGGAUCUCAACCGCCUGGUGAUGAACUAUCUGGUUACAGAGGGCUAUCAAGAGGCAGCCAAACGUUUUAUGACCGAGGCAGCGGUAAAGCCAGGACCCCACAUGGACACCAUUGGGGAUCGAUUGAGGAUUCAGGAUGCCGUACGAGUGGGUCAAGUGAAGUACGCCAUGGAUUUGGCAUCACGGAUAUAUCCGCGCCUCUUCGAGACCGACAACUAUGUCUUUUUCCAUAUGCAACAAUUACGGCUGAUCGAGAUGAUCAGGGAUCAGAAGAUGGAAAAGGCUUUGAAGUUUGCCCAGAGCAAGGCAUCGGGAUUUGCCAAGGUCGAUCCCAGACAUUUUCAUGAGGUGGAACGGACCAUGGGUCUCCUGGCCUUCGAUCGUCCCGAAUAUAGUCCCUAUGGGGAAUUGAUGUACUAUUCAUAUCGCCAAAAGGUGGCAGGUGAAAUAAAUGCAGCCAUGUUGCGUUGCCAUGAUGCGGAGAACAAGAGCAAAGAGGAGCCCAUGGAGCCACGAAUGAUGUUCCUCAUCAAGCUGAUUCUUUGGGCCCAGGCCAAAUUGGAUCGCGAGGGUUGCACAGACUUUCAUAAGCUUGAUUUUGGCCAUGGAGACUUUGAGGAGGAGUUCCGCCGGAGCUUCCAGGGUUUCUAAGGAACAAUAAGCAAACAAUAAUUGUCCAACGAUCGGUCGGCGUCUACUGCGAAAACUACAUAAAUGUAUUUUUUUUUUUAGAAAAUCUACACAUAUAAACGUAUUUUUUUUGGCAAACCUACAAAUAUAAAUGUCAUUUUUUUGAAUGGAUGUUGAAUAUUAAAUAUUUCCAUAUCUUGAUGUAAACUGGAACAAACCGAUUUUUCUCUCUGGGUAUGGGCUGAGAAAUUUUCUAAGACUUUUGCUGAUAAGGCCCGUUCUAAAGCGCAUAUUAAUGUGUCACGUGCCAACCGAAGAGCUAUUUAUAAUGUUUUUUUUUUGUUUGUUCCGAUAAGAGAAUGAGUUCAAAAAAUGUAUGAGGCUUUGGAAGUGAAUUUUUGGUUCUUUUAUUGGAUUUAGUUUGAAAAGAUUAGCUGAGCUUUCAGUUAACUUUUGCUUAAGAAACCCCAGAUCAUCUUAAUUUUUAUUUCUUUUUAAAGACUUUAUAUAUCUCCCUAUAAUUUUUAUAUAAAUAUAUUAUUAGUACAAGCUAUAAACAAGUGAUGAGUAAAAUUUUGUAAAAGUAUUUUAUAAUUUAGAAUCUAAUGAACUUUAAAGUCCCUAUUGCUAUUUUAUUUACUGUAAAAUUUAAUUUUUCACACCGUUCGCCGGCGUUUUCUCUGUUCUCCUGGGAGCUUUUUAAAGUUAUGGCUGGCCUACGUCAUUGGCAUUAAUAUUGUGCCAUUGGCUGGACACCUAAUCUAAUCGGUGUAGCUAAACUUAACCCUGAACCCUGCGGAGACGGGAAAAUAAAAUCAGAGAGAGAGAGAGAGAGGGAAUCGCACACAUAAUUCACCCUUUGCACCCCAUCAAAAAUGCAAUGGGUUGUAUCAAGGGGCAGGCAGCUAUUUGUUUGUGCCUUCAAAUCACUGGCAGAUAAGGAAAAUACUUGAACAAAAUCAAAUCGAAGGUUGUCGUCGGUCCCGUUGUUUGAUAAACAAAAAAACAAUGCCAAACCCACACGUUUGCAACAAAGUAUUAUCCCUUGGCAAAGGCAGUUUAUCAAUUAUAUGAAUGUGCCAAUUGCAGCUAAGCAAACACAUGUAAGAUCGCCGCAGAAACGUGAGUUACGUGCCAAGUUUUCACUUGCCAUUUCUCGAUCUGUUUCCAGGUGCCUUGGCUUUAGUUUAGUUUUUUUUUUUUUUUUGCUAAAUAUUCACUAGUACUAUUGCCAUGCAAAUCCACUGUUGCCAAGUUGCCAUCCCAAUUGUUAUUCUCUGCUAUUGCCGGUUAAGCGGACGAUAACACGGAAUUACAUACUAGACUAUUAAAAGCCGUGCGUGACAUUCAAAAGGGGGUUAGAGUGGUCUGGGUUGUACUGAAAGCUAAAGACAAAAGUCGGGCAAAAAAUAAUGCACAUUAAUGCGUGAGUCGAGGGAGCAAGCCUUAGAAAAGCCAUUAGGCGUUUUAUUACCGUGUUAACGAAACAUAGUUGAAUAUUAAAUUUCAAAGGCAAUACGAGAACAAAAGCAAUAACGUUUUCCGGUUUUUGGAAAAUCGGCUUGAAGAGAUCUUGUAAGUAAAUUAAAGCUUAUUAAAUCGAGCUCAAUCAAAGGAAAUAUUACAGAUCUAAGCUCAAUGCGAUGGGCUUAAUAUUAUUUUGAUUAGUUAAUUUAACUAAAGAUUAAUACGCAUUAUAAAAACAAUCUGAAUAUUAUUAUUUCACUGUGAGUCAGUUUCAGUAAGGAAUACUUUUACAAAUAGAAAAUUGGUUACUAAAUAAUCAGCUAUGUAUAAGGUUAUCAACGGUUAAUUAUCCUUUUAAGGUUAACAGAGAACCUAGUGUGUGACUGCCAAUAAACAAAGCCAUCUCCUGGGUAAUCCUACUCCUGGGUAAUCCUACCUCCUAUUCAAAUCAAAUGACACGUUUUAGGGCCUAUUGAUUGCCAUGAAAAUGCGAUUUUCAUUGCGGAAAGCUUAAUGGCGGCCAUUUUCAGUGGCUGAGUAUAUUUGGGGCGCGGCAAAAAGCAGACGAAAGUCAAAGAGGAAGAAAAAAGGAAUGAGGAUAGAAAAGAAGAGAAUAAGAGCAAUAGGAGGACAGGACAUUAUGACGUGUCCUCGACUAUGGCGCCACGCACACUAGCACGUCAAGCUUUUCACUACUGUGUGUUUUUUUGCGGCGACAGCACGUGCACGUGCGCCUAAAUGUAUGUCACACCCACACAUUGCCAA